UUUGUUGUGGGAGAGGGGACGACGCGGAAGUGCAGAUUGGAAGGGAACGAUGGGUUGCGACGGGGGGACCAUCCCCAAGAGACACGAAUUAGUGAAAGGGCCUCGUAAGGUCGAGAAGGUUGACAAAAAUGCAGAAUUAGUGGCACAGUGGUACUACUGCACACUGAGUCAAGAAGAGCUAAGGAGACCAAUUGUAGCCUGUGAGUUGGGCAGGCUGUAUAACAAAGAUGCUAUCAUUGAAUUUUUACUGGAUAAGUCGUCUGAUAAAUCCCUUGUGCAGGCUGCAUCAUAUAUCAGGAGCAUUAAGAAUGUAACAGAGCUGAACCUUGCAGAUAAUCCAGCUUGGAAAGGUGAUAAAGGGAACACAAAAGGUGAUAAAUAUGACGACAUCCAGUGUGCACGCUUUAUUUGCCCUGUGGUGGGCUUGGAAAUGAAUGGAAGGCAUCGGUUUUGUUUUUUGCGGAAUUGUGGCUGUGUGUUCUCUGAACGUGCUCUUAAAGAAAUUAAAACAGAAGUUUGUCAUCGGUGUGGUGUUUCCUUUCAAGAAGAAGAUGUGAUUAUACUUAAUGGUAAUAAAGAAGAUGUGGAAGUGCUGAAGAAAAGAAUGGAGGAGAGAAGGCUUAAGAGUAAAGUGGGAAAGAAAUCAAAGAAAUGUAAGGCAGCAGAAUCGGUCUCUCAACAAGACACCCCUGAAGAUUCUCCAGGACCAUCAGAAGUAAAGAGUGCAAAAGAUGACAUGAACACUAAUUCUGGAGAAAGGAAACAGAUUGUCUUCACAAAGAGUACAGAAGCUAAUGGAAGCUCUUCUGCAUCAGGAAAAAUCAGUAAAGCUUCAUCUGGCACCACCAAGAGAUCCAUUGGCGACAGUCAAGAGAAAUCAGAGGCAUACAAGUCUAUUUUUACAUCACACAGCUCAGCAAAACGCUCCAAGGAAGAGUCUUCCAAUUGGAUUACUCACACGGCAUACUAUUUCUGAAACAAUUGUGUGCAUGAUUGUAACAGUCAUUCUUCCCCGAGGCUUUUUCUGUGUAACUCUGAUACAGGGUGUUCAUUGUAAUCUGAUGUUAUCUGGUAUUAUUCAGUUUGCAAGUUGUUUAUAAACUUUUGAAUAACCAGUGUACUUAGGUUGUUUGCAGCUACUGUUAAAUAAGAAAUAGAUGGCUAAAAUCCAUGUCUGGUAAUGUGACUUAUUUUAAAAGAUUAUUUACAAAAAGUAUAAUUCUUUAGGGUCAGAUUCUGCCAUCCUUAGUUACACUGAGUAGUAUUUUACUCUUGGUUGCAGUUCCAGUUAGGAUUGCAGAAUCUGCUUACUAGUAAAUAUAUCCUUCUGUGCUUUUAAUGAUUACCUACACAAUUUUAGCUGCAAUUGUAAUUGAACUUCUCUUUGUGUUAAAGUCUGAAUUUAAUUUUUGUAACUUUCUGACCCUGCUUGCUAACAAUAAAACCCCCCACAAUA